AUGGCCACGCCCCCGGUGCCGGCGGUGCCCGCCUUCUUAAAAGGGCAACGGCUUCGAGUGGUCCCCACCUAUCUGGGGAGCGGAGCACAGAUGCCGGCGCCCGGUAGCAGAUGCCGGUCUCGGUGCCCGGCCCCCCGGUGGGCCCCGCCCCCAGCCCCGCCCCCCCCGCCGCCGCCCUUUGUCCGCCGCGGGCCCCGCCAUGGCGGUGCGGUGAUGCGCGGCGGGGCCGGCCCGGGGGCAACCGGGAGCCCCAUGCGGGGGCCGCCGCCAUGGGGCAGGUCCUGGGCUUCGCCCACUGCAAAGAGGCUCCAUCCACGGCUUCCACCACGCCGGACUCCACGGAGGGUGGCAACGAGGAGUCGGACUUCCCCGAGCUGCAGGUGGCAUGAGCCCCCCGAGGAGGAGGAGGAGGAGGAGGAUGAAGAUGGAGUGACAGCAGCAGGGGGGGAACCCCGGGGACCCCCCCGGGAACUCACUUUCUCCUACAUCGCCUUUCAAGGCGGGGGGUCCUCCAACGAGCCGGCCCCCCGCUGUCGUCGAGACUCCCGUCGGGGCCGCCCACCCCGCCUGAGCUCAGGACUCCCCGGGGGGCCCCUCCGGGGGCCGGACCCCCGCUUGGCUGCCAGAGCCCCCCCCAAACGUCCUGAGGAGCCCCCGCCCCCCCUCGAGGGGCAGCUGGAGGUCGGGGGGGGCCCUACCAGAUUUGGGGGGCCCUCAGCUCCUGCGCCCCAACCCCCGCCCGCAGUCCCUCCCCAAUCCGCAGGGGGCGCCUUGCUCCUGCCGCCCCCCGCGCCCCCCCCGGACCCUCCCUCAAUCCCGGACCCUCCCCCAGCGCCCCCUGAGCAAUCACUGAGCCCGCCGGCAUCUGAUGUCCUGGUGUGGGAGCUGCUGUACUGGCGGGCACCGGGGCGGUCGGCGCUGGUGCUGGUUGGGGUGCUGGGCACCCUGGGGUGCCUAGCGCGGUUCAGUGCCAUCAGUGUGGGCGCCUACGGGGCGCUGGCCACGCUGGCUGUCACCGUCCCCCUGCGCCUGCAUCGUGUUGCCCUGCGAGUGCUGCGCCGCCACCCACCUGAGCCACCCUGCCGGACACAGCCGGAGGGGACCGUGGGGCUGAGCCCCGAGGAGCAGCAGCGCUGGGCCCGGCGCCUGGCCCAGCACCUCGUCGCCGCCACCCACACCCUCACCCGCCUCUUCCUGGUCCACAGCGUCCCCGAGUCCCUCAAGUUCGCCUUCUUCUUCUACCUGCUGACCUACGUGGGGGCUGUCUGCAAUGGGCUGACGCUGCUGGGAGCGGGUGUCAUCUGUGCGUUCACCUUCCCCGUGCUCUACCGGCACCACCAGGCCCAGAUCGAUCAGUAUGUGAGUCUGGUGAGGAGCCACCUGAGUCACCUCCGAGCCAGGAUCCAGGCCAAGCUCUCAAGUGCCAAAGUGAAGCCGCGGUGACCCCCCCUUGUCCGUCCCCCCCGAGGGUGACAACUUGGGGGUGGGGGUGGCCGGGGCCCCCCCCCCCACAUCGCUCCCACCCUGCAUGGGGGGGUGGUCAGUCGGGGGAGGUGGGGGUCGUGUCACCCCCUCCGUGUCCUUUCCCCCCUCCCCUCUGUGCGUGUGGGGGGGUGUCACACUUUAAUAAAAACUCUUGUGACAACCA